AUGGAGGAGCGACUGGUGGACAGAGAUAUCGCUGCCUAUGAAAAUCCGAAUAUCAUCGAGGAAGCUAUUCUUGGUCGUGCAAAUGGUCUCUUCCUUUACGCAAAGCUGUCGAUGGAUGUAUUCCUCGAACCAGGUGCUGAUACCUGCGAGGUUCUUAAGAAUCUGCCUGCUGAUCUAAGCGUGAUGUAUGAUGACUUACUGCGCAAUCAUGCCAAACGCUCCGGAGUACCAAAUGAUCUUCAACUUCUGGUUCUGCAAGCUGUGACUCAUGCAACACGCCCACUUCGCUUGCUGGAGAUAACAGAGAUGGUCAGCGCAGUAUAUGAUGGACUACAAUUUCAUGGAAUCUGCACCCCGAGCAAGACCAAAGAAUGGGUAAGGGCGACAUGUGGACCCCUGCUGGAAAUUCUCCCGGACGAGACCGUUUCGGUUGUUCAUCACUCUCUAACGGAAUUCCUGAAAGGAUUCACGCGUUCUAGUGAGGCAAACGAGUCGUCGUAUCCCGUUUUUCGACCGAAUCCCACAAAUAAAUCUCUUGCUGUGUCUUGCUUGAAAUAUCUGCGACACGGGUGUCUGGACAAGCAUGAGGUGAAGAAGCAAAGCGACUUCGACAACAUAUGGGGCGGAUGGGACGACGAUUGGGAAGCUAUGGAGCGAGCUAAAGCUGUGAAGCAAGCUAAAGCUGAUCUUCGUUUACGAUUCCCUUUCCAAGAAUAUGCGGCAAACAACUGGCCCGAACAUGCGCGUCGUGCGAGCAACGCCGGUGCGGAUAUAACUUACUUCUAA